GCGCCUGCGCACGCAGCGCCUUUUACGGCACCGUAAAGCAGCUCGGCUGGAGGGUGCGCCGCGGUUUCUGGUGAGGUGCUGCCGGCUGGUGACCCCUACCAGUAUCGCGCGUCGUCUUCUCCCCGAUACUUCCCCGCGAGUCUGGCGGCGGAGGCAUGGAGGCGCGCUUUACGCGCGGGAAGUCGGCGCUGCUGGAGCGCGCGCUGGCGAGGCCACGCACCGAGGUGAGCCUGAGCGCCUUCGCGCUGCUCUUCUCUGAGCUGGUGCAGCACUGUCAGAGCCGCGUCUUCUCUGUGGCCGAGCUACAGGCGCGCCUGGCGGCACUGGGUCGCCAGGUGGGUGCGCGUGUGCUGGACGCGCUGGUGGCCCGGGAGAGGGGUGCCCGGCGUGAGACCAAAGUGCUGGGAGCAUUGCUGUUUGUCAAGGGGGCCGUGUGGAAGGCGCUCUUCGGCAAGGAGGCUGACAAGCUGGAGCAGGCCAACGAUGACGCCCGCACGUUCUACAUCAUCGAGCGGGAGCCGCUUAUCAACACCUACAUCUCUGUGCCCAAGGAGAACAGCACACUCAACUGCGCCAGCUUCACAGCAGGCAUCGUGGAGGCUGUGCUCACUCACAGCGGGUUUCCCGCCAAGGUCACAGCUCACUGGCACAAGGGGACCACGCUCAUGAUCAAGUUUGAGGAAGCUGUCAUCGCCAGAGAUCGGGCCCUGGAGGGCCGCUGAACCCGCGGGAGAUAAAGGAUGCAGAGAGCCUCCCUUCCCAAGUGUGUCUUGUAUGUUGUGUGGGGGCCUCAGACGUCUGCUCAACACCUCGACCCAGGUCCCUGUCCAAAGCUGGUGAGGGAGGUUGAGGGCCAAGGAUGUUUAUAAUAUGGGGGCCGUGGGGGGGGGGUUGUUCUGUGGGGUAUGGCCUCUCUGGCCUUGUGUGGGCUUUCAGAUAAGCCUGGAGAGUUGGAUGAGUCAGGUGGGUGGACCAGGGGAGGAAGCCAGUGGAAAUGCUGGGGCUUUGAGGAAUCACAGUGAGGGGUGGUUGGCAGGCUGGAAAGGAGGUCGAGUCUGGUGUGUGUGUGUGUGUGGUCAGAACAAGAGAAAAACGGGUUGGUAGACUGUCUGGGAGCAAAGAGUAAAUAGUUCAUACCAUGCA